AAUAAUUUCAUCAAUACAGUAAAGACACUGUUUUAUUUGACUUGGAGUAAAAUAUCUGAAUUUGUAAAAGUAGGUUGCGUAAUUAGUAAUUUUACCUAAUUUAGAAACAAAUCUUCCCUCUUGUUGCUUCAAAUAAGAUUAGCACUUUUUUAGGAAGUGUACUUGAAAAUGUUACUUCUUUUUACACUUUUCUCUUAGUUUCACUGUCUUUUUUUGUUGUAUUUCAGUGCAAACUAACAUCAUCUGCCUUCCCCUAUAUGAGGCAACUUCCUUGUUUCUUAUUAAAUUAGUCAGAUAUUUCCUCAUGGUUCAGUCCAGAGUGAGUCUCACCGUGAAGAGCUUCAUGAGAGCCAGAACACAGACGGACUGAAGAACAGACACUCGUGUCUCCAUCUGAAGCUGCAUCCACACUCUUCUGCUGGGAUUGGGCUCUUCUGGAAACUGGACUUUAGAGAAAUGAUGCUCAUCUUUGGACUGAUGCUGCUGCUGCUGCAAACUGCUGCAUGUGAGUUUAACUGCAGGUUUAAUCAGUCAGAUCCCUGUUACGCAGCUCUGGGACACAAACUCAAUCUGCUGAUGGUGGACACUAGAAAAUAUAGACUGAAGAUAUUAAAGACAAUAAACAACAACCAAGAUGAUCCAGCUUGUACAGUAAGGAGUGCCAUGAUAAAGAAGAAUGAAUGUGAUCUUUUUAAUAACAGAACUGGAGUGACAGUCAUUAAAAGGUUUUUGAUAAUAAACCGUGUGAUCAGAGCAGAUUCAGGGAAUUACACUUUAAGACUCGAGGGCUCAGACGGCACAGUAACAUCUGCAGAUCUUCAAGUGAAUGUUGAAGCUCCUAUUGGCUCAGUGGAAGUGUCAAUCAGCUGCUCCUCCAAUGGGAUGAAGUCAGUGUCCUGCUCCUCUGACGGGGAUCCGCUCAUCUACAGCUGGACUCUGAAUGGAGAAUCACUGAUGGAUGGAAACACCACCAUUCAGCUGAAUGAGGAAACUGAUGGAAACAUCAUCUGCAGUGUGAAGAACCACGUCAGUGACGGACAGAAGAGCAUUAGAGUAAAACACUGUCCUGUGUCUGUGGUGUUUGUGCUGGUCUGGAGUUUUCAGAUGAUGGUUCUGUUUGGUCUGUUAGGAGGUUUUCACAUCUACAUGAGACACACGUCAGGAAAGAAACAGGAAGAUCAGAAUGUGAGAAAAGUGUCAGAAAAGUGAGAAUGAGAAGAUUUAGAGAAGGACAUGAACACACAGCAGAAGAUUCAGGAGUCCAGCAGCAGAUCUCAUCACAGCUAUGAGAAAUCCUCUCCUUUUGAUUUCCUGUUUCUACGAUGUUUUCAGGCGACGCCAACAUAUGUGAAGAUGACGGCAACUUUGGAUCAACAUGCAAAACUUUCAGAUAUUAUCCUAUAAUAUUUUAAUAUUAUCCAUCUAUUGUAAUCGUUAAGAGCAGAAGUUGUAACUUCUGCCUAGCAUGUACGCUGUGUCUGCUUCACUGAAAACAUGAAGUUAACUAACGAACAUGUACUAUAUUAUAGCUGUAUAUUACUGCCAUAUGGAUAUUACUGUGACACAAUCAUCUCUGGCUGAUAACAGAAUAUUUCCUCAAUUGUAACAUUAAAACAGGCAUUUUCUGUAAAGCUGCUUUGAAACAACAUGUAUUGUGAAAAGUUUUCAACUUGAAUUGAAAAGCUUGAAUUCAAAACUGUUCCUCUUGAUCCGUGUGUGUUUUGUGGUGUCUGCUGUUUUGCUAUUUGUGCUUUUAAACUUUUUCUUGAAUUUGCAGUUUUUUAUUAUGUUUAAGUGUAUAGCCACAUUCAUGCAUUUAUGUUUACCAGAUCUUUGUGACUAUAGAAUAUUCAUAACUAUUCUUUAAGAAUUGUAAAUUGAGUUUGUGUUGAAAUUAAGAUGAACUUUUUGGGAUUGAGUUAAAUGAAAAUAAAACUAAUUGAAAUUAAACUUUUUGCAGUCAAAAAA